AAUCAUCAACGGUGUGACUGAUUCAUCGUCUCGAUUUAUUAUUUUAUCAAGUAGAAUCCUCCUCCCUACCUUAUUAUCCUAAAUGAUGCGAAAAUAAUUUAAUCCACAAAGAGAAGUUAUAUCAACAUGACUUCUACCAUCUCAGCAUAACUGAUUUUCAGUUCGAUACCUACCUAGGUACCUACUUCUUUCCACCGACGUCCAGUCAAUCCUAGCUUUCUGAAGCUAUCCAGCAUUUCAGUAAUCAUUUCCAAUACGAAAAUCAAAAUGGUUUUACUAUUAUUACACUCUUUCCGAAUACAUAAUCACCAUAUGAAUAUCCAUUCUUCCCCAGACACCGGGAAAAUAUUAAUACGGCGGCGGCAGUCUUUGAAGAAUCUACGGCUUGUUGAGUGAGGGCUGGCAUAUCCCGGGCGGUGACAAUAAGUACCAUUGACAGUUUGGUUAUUAAAGGAGGUUUGGAUAAUUGGCUAUUGGCUAUAGGCUACGGGUAGCAUUCAGUAUUGGAAAUGGCAUCCAUUUUUACAUAUGAGCCGGAACCCCCAAGGGUAGAAUCUCCAUGGUUGACUCCUACCGAUUCUCCCAAACCAUCAACACCUCUGCCGUAUCCGAAAGCCCUACACUCUACCCCUGCGUCAAGUCAUAUUUCGGAAUAUGGAGUUACGAAAUUGGAGGCGGAACCGCAAGAAGGUCCCACGGAAUAUAAAUUGCAUCUUUUGUUAAGACCAAGGAGGACUUACAGUUCUUCGAGCACUGGCUCAAUCAUAUCCGGCUCUCAGCAGCACAAACAGCAACCCCUGAAUCAGGAGAAAGCUAGCCCCAUAUUGGCACCAUCUAAUCAAAGCAAACAGAAACGUCUAGAACAGCUCACAACGCAAUUGCUGUGGCGCCUGCAACAGUCGUCCCCAUACCAUGCAUCAUCUACAAGUGAUCUUGUGUUACCGAAGUGAGUGCAUAACCCUAUAUCGUUGAUUGUAUAUUUGUGCCGGUGUGGCCGAUUUUCAGAAUAGCACAGUUAAAUCUGGUGACGUUCAAUUAUGAUUACUUGACUGUGAACUUGUACUAACUCCGAUUGCAACAGAUUGCCUGGCAGCGCAACUAGCUUAGAUGCUCCCUCAAGGCCUGGGAAGCUGCUCGCCGGGCUCGAGGAAAGUCGUGGAGCACUAUAUGAAAUUGGUGUCUCUGACGAUGGCACAUUUGUUGGUCUGACGAGCGAUGAGCUGGACGAGAGUCUGAUAAAUCUCCGAGCUAUGGCAGCUAGUCUUGGCUGCAAUGUUGAGAUUGUUCGGAAGGUAGUUGUUGGGGAAUGUGAAUGGCAAGAGACAGAUGAAGCCACAAGAUCUCAAAUUCCGCAGCGAAUCAAGAAACAAAAGCCAUGGCUCGUCUUUCCUGAAGACCAGACGACAUCAAAAAAUCUCCGGCAUCGAGAGAAAUUGUGGGUCGCUGAAGCUCUGAUAACUCCAGAUCUCAGUUCCAAAGGAGCAAAAUCAAGAGGUUACGAUGAAGCCCCCGUCACUCGUCAUGAUACCCCCCAACCUACGAUAGGCGAGUUUGCCGAGACCUCUCUUCCCAAACAAGAGGAGACAACUGAACAGUUGCGCAUUACUCUGACCGGUCCCACCACAUCUGGCAAAUCAAGUCUUCUGGGAACCUUGUCUACCACAACGCUUGAUAACGGUAGAGGUAAAAGCAGACUCAGUUUACUCAAGCAUCGUCAUGAAAUUGCCACGGGAAUUACAAGUUCUGUGGCACAGGAAUUGAUUGGUUAUAAAGACUCACGGGUCAUAAACUAUGCUUCCGGCAAUGUUACUUCCUGGACUGAUAUCCAUGCCACAGCAGAAGACGGUCGGCUUCUCUUUGUUUCCGACUCUGCUGGUCAUCCGAGAUAUCGCAGGACAACAGUGCGAGGCUUGGUUGGCUGGGCGCCACAUUGGACUGUUUUAUGUGUCGCAGCAGAUGACGCGGCUUCGAGCGGAGCCGGAAGUACUUCUUCAGCAACAGAAAUACUUGGCACGGUUGGGGCAGGAACUGAUCUAGCAAAGGCACAUCUAGAGCUUUGUUUGAAAUUAGACAAACCUUUGGCUGUCGUGAUCACUAAGCUUGAUCUUGCUUCAAAACCUAGUCUGGCCCUGACACUGUCAAAGCUUCUAUCUGCUAUCAAAGCAACAGGGAGAACUCCUUCAAUACUCCCGCCAGAUCAAACCAAGAAUAUCGUUGACGCAGAUCUCACCAGUAUACUUCCCAAGGAUACUGAUACCGUUCGAAAAGUCAUCAAUACAAUGGCCAUGUCAGACCUCAGGUCCAUAGUUCCUAUCGUUCUUACAAGUGCAGCAAAGGGAAGUGGUAUUCGCCAGCUUCACGCUCUUCUACAAGCUUUACCGAUACCUACCCCGCCCACUCCUCAUGACUAUAUUGGCAUGGCACUCAAUCCAGAACAACCUUCGUGCCUAUUCCACAUUGAAGAUGUCUUUGGAGUACCAGCGUUCUACGAUUCUUUGACCUCUAACAACAAUAGCAUCGAUGCGGGAAGUGUAGUUGCCGGUCACCUUCGUUUCGGUAGGCUGUCAAUUGGGGAUAGUAUCGUCAUCGGUCCUUUCCCAGCAGAUUCUUACGAGGAUGGUUCCCCUCAAUCUGAUCCCAGUUCUUCGCCUAUUAGUCUAGGUACCUCACUCACUCACCCUUCAGCAGCCGAACUUUCCAAGAUAGCCUCACGGAAUAUACCCAUUGUUUCAGCCACCAACGGCGAAUGGCAAAAUGCGCAUAUAGUCAGUAUCCGUAAUCUGCGUCUCCCGGUCCACACUAUCGAAGCUGGUCAAAUAGGCACGAUAGGCAUUGUAUUCGAUAUUUCGGAAACCCUAGAAGAACACUCAGAUAGUCCCUUGAAACGUUCUUCACAAUCUGCUCCUCGAAUUCGGAAAGGAAUGGUCAUGGCGAUACCAAGUAAACACAUGCUUCAAACUCAUCAUUCUCUCCAAGCAGCUAGUGGCUUUACUGCGUCGUUCGAUGAUGGUGACAUUAACUCUGUCACACCGGGCACAGUAGUGGUAAUCUACAUAGCUAGCAUCCGCGCCUCCGCCCGCGUCCUCAAACUAAAGCCAAAUCUUCCUACGAAAGACAUACACGCAGACACGGGGAGAGAAGACAUCAACGAUAUUUUUGGUUUGGGCCUGCUGGAUAGUGGAGACAUAUUCGAUCCAGACGGAAAAACGAAAGAUGAACCAUUCAUUUUUGGGACGGAUGGUAUUACAGAUGUUAGUUUUGAAUUGUUGACGUCCAGGGAAUGGAUAGAGUUGGGUAGUCAGGUUUUGGUUAUGCCCGGGGGCGGUCAUGGGUUGUAUGCGGGAAGUGAGAGAGGGGAGAAGGGAAUUGCUGGGUUAGAGGGUUUCGUGGGAAGGGUUGGAGAAGUUGUUGAUUAACUCGUCUCUUGGGUUGGUGGGAGUUGGUUGUUGAACGGGUUCGUGUAGUGAUGAAUAUCUGAAGUGUUCUGUUGGAUGUCUGUUGUUGUCGGGAUUAGAGGUACUUUACAAAGUCACAAUGACAGAAAUCUGAAAUGUUUCUGAUUAAUGCACGUGCAUAUCAUUAUAUAUCUUCGGGG